CUCUUAACCAUGUAAAUAUUGUCGUGUGACUGUACUGACAUUUUUUUGUUGUUGCGUUUGAAUGUUAAAAUCACGAUGUCAGAGUUACAACUGCUGAAUGAGGAAAUGGAUGCCAAGUUGAUUCUGUUCUUUGACACUUUGGCAUCGCUCUACCAAGAACAGGAGAAACUUAACGACCAAAUCAAGGAUGGCUUCUGGAACAUGUCCAGAGCUCGCUACAGCAUGGGGGUCAAGUUUGUAGGGAUGGAUCAGAUUCACGAAGAAGACAUGCAGGCAUCGACAAAAGUGAAGGUCACGGGUGAAGAGGAGGAAGAAGAAAUGUUUGCCGCUUUCACCAGUCUGGGGAUUACAGAGGAUGAGACCAAUGAAGUAGAAAAUGUAGGAUUACGAAAAAGAAAUGUUGGAAAUUCUGAAGAAAAUUCUUCUCCACCAGACAAAAAGACAACCACGAAGAAGAAAGGUCAGCAUGAUCCUCUGAAAUGGUUUGGUGUCCUAGUUCCACCAAGUUUACGACAGUGUCAGAAGCAGUUUAAGUCCUCAUUGGAGACCACCAUUGCCAUCGCAAACCUCAAACAAAAACUUCUCCUGUUAAAAUCUGAGUACUCAGAUCUAAAGAGAAGAAAGGCUGAGAUGAACUCUUAAGACUGUCCCAGUAGAUUAAAACUACAGACUUCCUUUAACUUUUUUAUUAUUAGUCAGAUGAAAGAAUUCAUUGUAAUGAAGGAAAUAGAAGAAAAAACCUCAAGGCCUAAAUGUGUUAAAGGCGAACUGUGUAUGAACUCUUUGCAGUAAAGUAAUAAAUUACUAAGGAAAAUUAAUUUAAGUUAUCCUGAAUGAAAGUUCAAAUGAGCAAUUUUUAAAGUAAGACAGAUGGUUACAAAAAUUCUACCUGAAAUAUGCUUGCUACACAUUAAUCUUUAUAUAUGUUGUGAUGUUUAAUUUCCUUGGCCAGAUGCAAUAUUAAACAAGGAAAAGCUAA